AUGGCCCGAUCCAUGGUUCUCGCAAUGUCCGACAUUCCGACAGUGUCGGCUCUCUACCGGUCAGGAUUCCUGGCAAAAGUGGACUCGGAGCGAAUGCCGGUGCAAUCUCUGAACGAUACUGUCUCACUGGUGUGCUCAGACAUCACUAAACUCAAAGUGGAUUGCAUUGUCAAUGCUGCCAAUCGCUCUCUGUUGGGUGGUGGUGGUGUUGAUGGUGCCAUCCAUCGUGCUGCCGGGAAUGAGCUCGUCAAAGAAUGUGCUACUUUGAACGGCUGUGCAACCGGUGAUGCAAAGAUCACUUCUGCAUACAACUUGCCCUGUGAAAAAGUCAUCCACACCGUCGGUCCGAUCUACAAUGCUGAGCGACGCAAGGAUCGUGAGCGUUCCGAACAAUUGCUUCGCUCAUGCUAUCGCCGUAGCCUCGAAGUGGCCGUGGAGAAUAAUAUGAAGUCAAUCGCUUUCUCUGCCAUCAGCACCGGCGUGUAUGGUUAUCCAGGCAAGAAAGCCGCAGCCGCAGCCAGUGAUGAGGUGCGAAAUUUCCUGGAGCGGCCGGAGAACAGCCACAAGCUGGAGCGUGUCAUCUUCUGCAACUUCCAAGAGAAAGAUCAGAUGACAUAUGAGCGAAUCAUCCCGUCAAUUUUCCCGCCCACCGAGACGGAUGUCUCUCUCAGCUCCGACUCCGAAGACUCUGAUACAGUCGAAGCGGCUGAACCAGACGUCAUGGAGCAGGGCAUUUGA